AUGAUAAAAAGAUUUGAGAAAUUGCUUGAAAGUAUACCAAAAUUAGAGGAUGAAAUUAAUGAAUUGUCUACCAAAUUAAAGUAAUAAGAGGAAAAAGACAAGAAAAUGAUAAAUUAAAUGAAAGUUAUGAAUGAAGAUAUGGAGAAAUUAAAACAGAAUUGUAAGAAGAAGUAUCAGGUUUAUCAAAAUACAUUAUUAUGGAUAUUUACAAUUGUUAUCAUGAGAAAAAAGAAAAAGUAAGUUAAUCCAUUAAAUUUAGUAAUGGGUAGAUUUAUGAAGUGAAUGUACCUAAAAUAUAUAGGCAAAAAUGA